CUGUCACUGGGACUCUGCUGAUUUUUCAACCUUGACGCACGAGAGACGCUCACAGUAACAAAGUAACACUCGAAGACACAAAGUAACAAUCUACUGUGAUUUUAAAGGAAUUAAGAGAGCGGAGAGGAUUUUAUUCUUAACAACUGAAUCUAUCGUCGUCAUGACCAGAAGGGAAAAUAUGAAGUUUUUAACUGUUUUGCGUCUUUUUGUCUUUACCAUCGUGGCUGUCAUGUCGGUGAGCUGUGCGUCUAUAGAGCGGUUUGAGAGUGAGAGGCCUGCACAGACAGCUGUGAUUGAUCUUUUGGAAGCACUGAAUGAGAAGAGAUCUACUUUGGACAACAAGCAAGUGGAGGAAAGUGAGGAGUACUACUAUGACGAUGAAGAGGAGGAUGAGUUUUCGGGAGAUUAUGGGCUGCCAAUGGUUGCGUUUUCAAGCAAACCCAAAGACCAGAGUGCAGUUUUGAAUGCAGAGAAACUUGAAGAUUCAAAGAGGAAGGGGCUCGGAAGGAAGAAAGGAAAAGGAAAGGGAAAAGGCAAGAAAAGGAAUCCAUGUCUAAAAAAGUACAAGGACUUUUGUAUCCACGGAACCUGCCAGUACCUGAAGGACGUAAAGGGGCCCUCAUGCAUAUGUGAUCAUGGCUACUCAGGAGAGCGGUGUCACCUUUUCUCCCUGGAAGUAAGGACGAAUGGUGAUGCGUACGACCGCACUACGGCGCUCGCUGUGGUGGCUGUAGUUCUCUCUUCAUUAUGUCUCACCAUCAUUGGACUUCUCCUGGCACUCAGGUUUCAUAAGCAAGGCGCAUAUAAUGUGGAAAAUGAGGAGAAGGUUAAACUGGGAGCCGCCCCACACCACUAAACGAGACGGGAGAGAACGGGCGACCGUGUGGAAAUUCUACCUCAAAAUGAAGUGGCAAAGUUGAAUGUUGUGAGGAGCAGCGGGCACAGCGUGCUGGAGGAGAGGGAAGAGUGACCACGUUUGUUUGGCAGGAGUCACGGCGCCUUCGUGAAGGGCCUGACUCACAAAUGACUCUCUAAAAGGUUCGCAGGAGAGCUCAAAACCUGCCACCAUCUGGAACUCUGAUGGACAGACUCAGUUAGGAAGAGACCCCGAGCUGUUCGAUACAGAAUAAGAAGGAACUCUUCGGGGUUGGGAAUGUAGUUUGAGUUUGAGGCUAAGCUUUUUCUAGUACUGAAGAAGCUUUGCCUGAAAUAAGUAUUCUUACAAAUAAGCAUUUUUGUUCAUGUCUUGUGCACUGUGUAUUUAAUCGUUGCUGGCUAUGCUUUAAUUUAUUUAUUUAUGUAUAUAUAUCUAUUAAUAUUUAUUUGGAUUUAGACCAACCAUGUCCAGCCCUAAUGCACUGGCAACGUAUUUGAAAGUCUUUGUUUUGUUGUAUGUCGAUGUAAUAUUUUAUUUAUUAAACAAAGCAAUAGUAAUCUGUGUCUAUUCAGUAAGUGAGUACUGAACAAUGGUAGACUGAAAAUCAAAAUAAUAGUGUAUUAUAUAUUAAAGUAUAGUAUAUUAUAAUGGUACAUAUGCUAUAUAUACUAUUAUAGUAUAUUAUAACCGUAUGCUAUUUUGAUUUUUUUUUUUUUUUGAAGAGAAUAUUUAAGAAUUAUUAUUUGUAUUUUAAAGUCCAGGACAGUGUUAGAAUGUAUUUUUUCAGCAAACUUUAUGAAAAGUCAUAUUUCAAGCUUGUGGGUUUUUUUAGGAGAGGGAAAAAAAAAAUACAUUUUUGGCCAGUAAAAUGCACUGUUAUAUUAAACAGUGUGCAAAUUAUGAAAUGUGAAUUAUUUUGUUUGAGCAGUUCAUUUUCUGUUUAUUUAAUUUCAGCAUCCUGCUCUAUAAGACAUAAAGAAAUUGUUUCCUCAUUCUCUCAUUGUAUGUAUGGAGUAUUUUUUUUUUAAAUGCCCAGACAAGAAAUUCAGACAAAUAAUAAAACCUCUUUAUAUAAAA